AUGGGGUUUCUUAAACAAAUCGAUAUUGAAAACUUUAAGUCAUGGCGAGGGAGAACCGUUAUCGGCCCCUUCAUGAGGUUUAACUGUAUAAUCGGCACAAACGGCUCCGGUAAGUCCAACGUCAUGGACGCCCUGAGCUUCGCCAUGGGGGAGCGCGUGGUCGCUCUGCGCGUGAAGCACCUCAGGGACCUCGUGCACGGAGCUCACAUCGGGAGGCCCGUGCACGAGCCCGUCCGCGUGACCCUCAGGUACUGCGAUGACGAGGAGCACGAGACGGUGUUCAGCAGGAGCAUCUCAGGUGACUCCUCUGAGUAUCGCAUCAAUGGUGAUCAUGUCACUCUGGCCAAAUACAUCGAGGAGUUGGGGAAGAUCGGCAUUGUGACCAAAGCUCGAAACUGUCUGGUGUUCCAGGGGGCGGUGGAGUCCAUAGCUCUGAAGGACCCGAAGGAGAGGACCAAGAUGUUCGAGUGCAUCAGUCAGUCGAAGGAGUACGCUGCAGAGUAUGACUUAAAGAAAAAGGCCCUUAUGAAGGCCAAAGAGGACACACAGUUUCACUUCAACAAGAAGAAAUCUGCUACUGUGGAGAGGAAGCAGGUGUCCCAGGAGAAAAUAGAGGCCCAGAAGUACCAGGCGCUGGUGGACAACCUUCACCAAAACCGCCUGCAGCUGAGCCUGGCUGAGCUCUACUGUAAUGAGAAGGGCAUCAACGCUCUCAGUGACAACCUGAAGGAGAAACAGCUGGCUGCAGCUGCUAAGAACAAGACCCUGGUGAAGGAAGAGCAGACGGCCAAAACCUACAAGAAGGAACAUGGACGUCUCACCAGAGAGCAGCAGCACAUAGAGAAGGAGAUCCGCGCCCAGGAUCAUGUCCUGUCCCAGUGCCGGUCCCAGUACAUCAAAGCCAAAGUUAACACCUCCCAUCACAUGAAGAAGGCCGAAGAGGUUCGUGAAGCCCUGAGGAAGAGUCAGAAGCUGAUUGCUAUUAAAGAGCAGGAGCUCGCAGAGGGACGGCAGGAUAUCUCUGAGCUGGAGAGGACCUGGAGGAACUAUGAGAAGCAGCAGAAGAAGAAGAAGGGAGCCUCCAUGGAAAGAGACAUCGAGCUGGAUGACAGUCAGCUGGAGCGAUACAAAGAGCUGAAGGAGCUGGCCCGAAAGCAGGGCGCUGUCCUCAACCAGCAGGCCGAGAAACUGCACUGGGAGGUGAGAGCGGACAACGAGAAGAUGGCUUUCGACCAGCGGCGUAAGAAGGAAGUGGAGGCUAGCAUCAGGAACAACCAGACUCAGCUGGAAGAUUUGAUACGCAGAGCAGAGAAGAUAGAGGAGUACACCAAGUCCUGCAAGUCGUCCCUUGAGGAGUGCCGUCAGCGGGAGGAGAGCCUCAGUGCGGAGCUGCAGCGAGGCCGCCAGCGCAGCGAGGAGCUGAACCAGGAGCUGGGCCAGGUGAUGGAGGAGCUGGGGAACGCACAUCUGGACAGCCAGGAGAGCAGAUGCCAGCAGCGGCGCAACGAGCUGCUAGAGAGGCUCCGCAGACUCUACCCUGAAACAGUGUUCGGUCGUCUGUCUGACUUGUGCAGCCCGAUCCAUAAGAAGUACCAGCUGGCUGUCAUCAAGGUGUUUGGCCGCUUCAUGAACGCCAUCGUGGUGUCCUCAGAGAAAGUUGCCCGGGACUGUAUCUGUUUCGUCAAGGAGGAGGGAGCCGAACGCGAGACCUUCCUGCCCAUCGACUACUUGGAUGUGAGUCCUCUGAAUGAGCGGCUGAGGGAGGUGCCCGGUGCCAAGAUGGUGGUCGAUGUUGUACAGGUUAGAGAGGCCGUGGGUGCCGCCCAGCUGAGGAAGGUGGUGCAGUUUGUCUGCGGCAACGCUCUGGUGUGUGAGACCAUCAAAGAAGCACGGAGCGUGGCCUUUGACGGACAGACGCGCAUCAAGACGGUCGCUCUGGACGGGACGCUGUUUACAAAGGCCGGCGUGAUCUCUGGAGGCUCCAGCUACCUGAGGACCAAAGCUCGAUGCUGGGACGAGAAGGACAUGAUGCGGCUGAAGGCACGCAAGGACCAGCUGACGGCAGAGAUGCGCGAUUUGAUGAAGCUCAGGCGGAAGGACUCAGACCUGAAACAGAUCUCUGCUCAGGCUCAGGGCAUUCAGACCCGAUUCAAAUACUCCAAAACUGAGCUGGAAAACAUUCAGAAGAAAAACAUCCCUAAAUGCCAAGCGGAGAUUUCUCGGAUGGAGAGCGAAUUAGCAAACCUGGACUCUCAGAUCCAGAUGCAGCUGGAGAGUGUGGAGGCGAAGGAGGCAAAGAUGGGGAAGAUCAGAGACCAGAUCUACCAGAUUGAGGACAUGGUGUUUUCUGACUUCUGUGCUGAGAUCGGUGUGGACAACAUCAGAGAGUAUGAAAAGGAGCACCUGAAGCAGCAGACUGAGGUCGACAGGAAGCGGCUGGAGUUUGAGAGUCAGACCACUCGCUUGAACGCACGGCUGGAGUACGAACAAGGUCAACUGGAGCAGCAGAAAAAAAAGCUCCUCAAAAUGGAGGAAACCAUCGACAAGGAGGAGAGAAUGAUGGCCGAGCAGAGGGAGGAUGAGGAGAAGCUGCUGUCGGCGGUGGAGGAGGGUCAGAAAAAGCUGCUGGAGCUGAACAACCAGCUGCUGUCUAAGAAGAGCCAGGUGGCCGCUGCCAAAGCUGAGCAGGACCAGAAAACCCAGAGCCUCAAAGAGAUCAACAAAGAGCUGGUGAAGCUUCAGCGGGAGGUGAUGUGCGCUGAGACGGCCUUGGAGCAGAAACGCUUGGCCCGACACAACAUGCUGCUGGCCUGCAAGAUCCAGAGUCUGCCCAUCAUUCUGCUGUCGGGGAGCCUGGAUGAAAUCAGUGAAGUGCGGCUGGACACAGACUCUGAAAGCACUUCAACCACCAUGAACAUCUAUGAGAGAGAGGCACAACUCGUCAUCGACUUCUCCGGCCUGGAGCCAGAACUCAGGAGACUGCAGACAGAGGAGGAGGUGGAGGCCUUCAUGGAGAGGCUGAAGGAGUCCGUCUCCUCCGUAGAGGGAGUGCUGCAUCGCACCACCACCCCGAACCUCAAAGCUCUGGCUAAGAUGAGGGAGGUGAAGGACAAACUACAGGGAGUCACGGACGCGUUUGACGCCAGCACCAGAGAGGCCAGAAAAUGCAGUCAGGAGUUCGAGCGAGUCAAAGCCAAACGGUUGAACCUCUUUUGCCGGUGCUUCGAACACGUUUGUAUCGUAAUCGAUCAGAUCUACAAAAGAAUAUGCAGGAACAACAGCGCCCAGGCCAUCCUGAGUGCAGAGAAUCCAGACGAGCCGUAUCUCGGCGGCAUCAACUACAACUGCGUGGCGCCGGGGAAACGCUUCAUGUCCAUGGACAACCUGUCCGGUGGAGAGAAGGCCAUCGCUGCCCUCGCCCUGGUGUUUGCCAUCCACAGCUUCCGUCCUGCUCCCUUCUUCAUCUUGGACGAGGUGGAUGCAGCGCUGGACAACACGAACAUUGGAAAGGUGACCAGCUUCAUCAGAGAGGAGUCCAGGGAGAACAUGCAGAUCAUCGUCAUCUCCCUGAAGGAGGAGUUUUUCUCCAAGUCUGACGCUUUGCUGGGAGUCUACUCAGAUUUUGAAGAAUGCAUGUUCAGCCGCAUCCUGACCCUUGACCUGCGACCCUACCCUCUGGUUGACGAGGACAACGGGAGACAGGCGGACACAGAGAAGACACCUGCAUGAAGCCUCGUUGUAUGUACGUCUGUUUCACUGUCGUUCUUUGACCAUGUCAGUGGUUCUCAGUGUUCUCGGAAAAAGUAGUUAUUUUAUUAUUAAAUUGAUUAUUAUG